AUGCAGGCGGUGGGCUCAAAAUACUGGGGCACAAAGAGGAGAUGGACACAAGGGCCUAGUGGGCUGGGGUCACAGGAGUGUGGGAUGGGUCACUGCACCUGCUUGGCGAGGACGUGUCUCAGCCCAUGGCGGGUCCGGGAGCUCCGUCGCGGCCUCCCCGGCGGCGCCUCACUGGCCGGCCUGUCGCGGCGCCCGCCUUACGCAGGGGCCCGCGCUCGGCGACAUCGCCUCCCGGGGACUUGCCGGGCUCCGCUCGCCUUCCCCGCGCUGCCGCCUCGACCGCUGCGCCCGCCGGAGCCCACCGACCUCGGCCGCUGCCUCCGGGUCCGCGGGUCCGGCGUGGAGCGAUGUGGGGAGCAGGAGGCACCGCGAUCCGAGCGGAGGGAGCGGCGUGGGGGCAGCGAGCACCGCGCGCGCGCCCGUCCCCGCCGCCGGAGCCUCAGGGCGCGUGCGCGCGGCGGGGGCGGGGCGCACGUGCGUGUGUUUGUGUCGGAGCCGGACGGGCGGCCGCCCGCGGGGUCAUUCUCUCAACGUGUUGGGGACCCGGACCUGGAAUGGAGGAGAGACAGAUACAAAGAAAGAAGAAGAUCCCUUAUGCUGGACUCCAGUCUCAAGUAUGGGGGUCUGCAGUUUGGAGCAGUCACCACAGAUAUGCUGCUUUCCAGACCAGAACUAUUAAUUCACAACAAAAAGAGGACCUUGGCGGGAUAAAUAGCAACAGGUUAUUUUUGCUGGCAUGGAUCAACUAGUGUUCCUGAAUACAAUUCGGAAGGUUGUUUGGUCAGCUCAGCAUUUGAGCAAAAGAGGUUGGAUCUGUCUACAAGGUUAUGAGACUGGAUAAAUUGCUUUUCUCAAUACUAGAAGUAUUGUUUUCUUUCUUAAUAGCUAGUACUGUCCAUAGGAAUCAGAGCUGGAGAAGACUGAUGGAAGACAUCCUAUUAAGAAGCUUACCUUUUGCCUCCUUUUUAAAGCCUCCGUGUGACCGGCCACCCUUCUUCGGGACAAUGUGGUCUAGUCUACGCACACUUUAGGUGUUCCUUUUUGUGAUUCCGUUUCACCUGAUAUAUACGUCCUUAUAUAACUUUUCAUCUACUAUUUUGUCUGUUUACGUAUCUACUUCCCUAUCAGACUGUAAGCUUGAGAACAGGGAUUUGCCCUGGUUUUGGUUCCUAAUAGGCGUAGAAAUAUGUUUGUUGAAUUAAUUCAUUCAUUAAUAAUUGCAUUACGUUAACAUUUAUUAUAUGUUCGUCUCAAUGCCUGGUGUAGGAGUAAGGAUGGAACAUAGGGUUUGGUCUUGGACAGUCACAGCUGCGUGACUUUUGUUAUUUCACUUUGUUCUACUAAAUCGUACUCCAUUAUCUGUAAAAUGGAAAUGACGAUACCACGUGGGCUUACUUCAUUGGAUUACCUUGGGGCUCUAAUGAGCUAACAGUUGUGAAAGUGCUUAUCAUUUGUAAGUAUUAUCUUUAAAAAAAAUUGUAGUUUUUGGGGCCGGCCCACUGGUGCAGUGGUUAAGGUCACAUGUUCUGCUUCGG